AUGGCCUCUGCCGGCUCCGGUGGCUCUCUGCCGCCAAAUUUCGUACUGACUCCUCAGCAGCAGAGUCUUCUUUUCGCUGCUCUCAACUCCAACAAUCCUCAACUGUCGGGCUCUUCUAGCAGCCCCGGUCUUUCUGCGACCCCCAAGCCCUUCAAGAGCGAGCCCGAACAGGGCCUCGGCGGCGGCCAGGGCUUUACUGAUAACUCGCUCAUGUAUGGUAAUUAUGAUUAUGACUUCGCCGAUUCCAGCUUCGAUUUCUCAUUUGCGGACGGUGACCAAACUGCCCACACACUGGCAGACGCCCCGGAAACUGUUCAAUCGGAAUCGUCUGAUGGUGAUGCGAAUGAAUCGAAUGAGAAACGAAGCUACCCCGAGGAGGAUGAAGAGGAUGAAGGCAAGAGUGCCAAGCGCCGUGAGAGCACCGAUAAGGCGCCUAAGAAGCCCGGCCGCAAGCCCCUCACCUCAGAACCAAGCUCCAAACGCAAAGCUCAGAACAGGGCCGCCCAACGGGCAUUCAGAGAGCGCAAGGAGAAACAUUUGAAGGACCUUGAGACCAAGGUUGAAGAGCUGGAAAAGGCCUCCGAGGCUGCCAAUCAUGAAAACAGCAAGCUGCGUGCCCAGGUCGAUCGCAUGAGCGUGGAGCUCAACAUGUACAAACAAAAGUUGCAAGUCGUUGGUAACCCCAAGCCCGCGACUGGUCCCAAGGUGCCAUUUGGAAAUGCCGCUGUCAGCAACCUCAGCGACGUCAGUUUCCAGUUCAACUUCCCCAAAUUUGGCACUCUUCCUGGCCCAGCGACCGUCAAGCCCGCUCAAAGAUCAGUUUCACAGCCUCACAGCCCGCACACGCAAGUGCAGGCAAAUAGCCCUAACAGAGGCUCAAUAUCGGACAAAAUGUCUCCUCAAUCGAGGGCAUCACCCCAAGAUGUGUCAGCAACCAAAUUUUCGAGUGUCUUCACACCAUCCAUGGCCAGUACCAUCACAAAUGAUUCCAAAUAUAGCCUGGAUUCGGCACAGUACGGUCUUGGGGCAACGAGCUCACCGUCCGCUUCAUCUAAUUCAAAUGUUGGCGCCAGUUCCUCUUGCGGCACUUCGCCUGAGCCAUUCACACAGUCUCCCUCAGGCUCGAAGCCUAUCGAACUGAUGACAACCAUUGGAGAAGAACAGCCCUCCCUGUCAGCGGACACUUUCUCCCAAUUUGCGAACGUUGACUUCAACAACGCGAACAACUUUGAUUGGCUUGCGCAGCAGAACGGUGGCAACUUUGAUCCCCAGUUGUUUGGGGAUUACCGUGAGCCUCAAGAAAGCAUUCUCUCCAACCCGUCGUUUGACGAGCUCUUCAACGAUUCCCUCGAUGCGGACUUCUUCACUCCUUACAACGUUGCCCCCAGCCCUGCGCUGCACAAGAAGAACUUGAUUGACGAAAUCGACGCUCAGAAGGAUGACUUUGACGAUAAAAUUGCGAAGAAGGCAGACAUGAGCUGCAACCAGUUGUGGUAUGACCUGAAACCUUCUUUCGGAAGCCCUCCAGACGGUAACACUGAUAAAUUGGACAGGGAGAAGUUACAGGCCUGCCCGAAAGCUCAAAACGGCGAAUUUGAUCUCGAUGGGCUUUGCUCCGAGCUCACCAAGAAGGCCAAAUGCUCAGGCAACGGCCCUGUCGUUGGUGAACACGACUUUGAUACUCUGCUCAAGAAGUACAUGGGGAAGGAUGUAUCUUCCGAAUGUGUCGCUGAGACUCUUGGGAUUGAAGUGAGCCGAACCUCCAAACCAAACGGUGUCAAUCUAUCCUAG